AUGUCCGGCGAGGAUGACUGGUUAGUUCAGGCCGCAGCUCGUGAAGCUGGCAUGCUUCCUCCAGCACCUGACUCGUUCGAGGAUUCGGAUCGCUUUGAAGGUGACUCUGAAUGCUCUUGGGUAUCCAGUGAGAGUAUCACUCUCGCAAAGAAUUGGCGUGGAUGGUCCCAAUCUUCACCUGGUGAUACCAUUCAAUCAGGUAUAUCCACAUGUAUUUAUCCUUAUCAGUGCAGCUAUUCACAUUCGGGACGAUAUUCAUCGGCUUCGAAUACUGUCACUCAAAGAAGUGUUUCAGCAGAAAAAGCCCCCAAAACAGUUGCCUCACUGUCCGACUUAGCUGCGCGUGUGUGUGCUCGUCAGAUGUCGUUUGUCGAACUGGAACGGAAUUAUCGUGACAUUUGUCAGAGUAGGAAGCAGACUAGUGAAUUUCCUGUAUCCCACUCGUUGCCGGACAAGUUGUUUCUUUCCGUUGUGUUCUGGUGUUUCCCAGCGACAGCUGAUGAUAUACGAUUGUACAGUUGCCUCGCAAAUGGGAAUGCGGACGAGUUCAAUCAUGGCGACAGCUUGUAUCAAAAUAGGAGCGGAUACUUACUCUCAGCGACAGUUUGUGCGUCUCAUCAAGAUUGUGUACAAAUCCAACGGCCUAGUCGUAUUACUCACAAUGUAUCAUUGAGUGUAGAUAGAUGCAGAGUGGUAUCGUGUGACUGUUCAUGCCCCUCAAAAUCAGCAUGGUGUCAACACGUGGUUGCUCUUUGUUUGUUUAGAAUUCACCAACCGAACCAGGUUCAAUUCAGAGUUACGAUUUGGGACUCAGUCAACGAACUAUCUGUGGAUAAGCUCAAAAAGUUUGCACAAGUUACGAUUUGGGACUCAGUCAACGAACUAUCUGUGGAUAAGCUCAAAAAGUUUGCACAGUAUUUGGUCAAUGAGCUGCCGAAAGAGUAUCUUCCAAUUGCUCAAAGAUUGCUGGAUCAGUUAAAAUGCCCGGAAUCGGAGAUUAAUCAGUCUCACGGAGCUCCGGAUCCCACGGAUGGCGGUCACGAACAGACUGCUAUUUGGGCACUCGAUGUUGAAGGCUUACACACAAGUAUUCGCCGCUUGUUGAUCAAGUACUGCGUCCCUGCUCCAACUGUACACUGUGAUGUGCAGUAUCUUGGUACGGCACAGCACCCGAUUGCGGCAGAAUGGUUAACGGUGAUGAAGUCUUUGCGUGCUAGGGAACCUGAAGGCAUUUGGAAUCUCAUGGCUAUCGUACGCGAGAUGUUCGCACGCAGAGACGAGAAUGCUGUGUCGUUGCUGAGCAUAUUGACUGUGGAAUGUCUUGCUAAUUGUCAGAUUUUGCUGUGGUGGUAUGCGACGAAACUCGUGCAGAGUGGAACUUGGUCUCAACAAACCACAGGCAAAAACUCUGCAAGCAAUCAGAUUAGCGCACAGUUAAAUAGUGCUCAGCUCUGCGAUGAGAUUGUUGUGCUCUGGCGAUGUGCUGUGCUAAAUCCGAUGCUUUCUCCACAGAAUCGAAGACAGUUGGCAGCACUAUUGCGUACGUACCACCGAACAGCGGUCGAUCGGAUAUGGAAGGUAAUUCGUGGAACUGGAGGCCAAGAUGCAGCUGUGGUAUGCCACGCAUUGAUAGACGAAACGGUCCCAGGUGUGAGUCAGGUGGCCGUGCUCCAUUUGCCUGAGGCAUGUGGAAAUGAUUCGAACGUGCCAGUACAACCGCUCGCGCCGUGCGGUUCUUCUCAGAAAAGGAAUGAGAAAGGCAGAAAGAAGAAGAAAAAGAACCGAUCUCGCGCCACGGCUGCGAUGGCGUCCCUUGAUUUUCCGCCUCUGCCAAUAUUUAACGAUGAAGCAUCGCUUGAUCGAGCCGUUCGUUAUGCCAUUCGGGCUGCUGUAGGUGGAGAUUGUGAUCGACAUGGUCGUGUCAGGCGCCAGGACAGUUUACGCGAAGAAGACAGCUCAGAAUCUGGGCAAGAAAGUGACGUACAGCUUCCGUCGUCCGCAGGUCUGCUAGGUGAUGUUCAAGCAGGUGCUCUAUCGGCUGCUCAUGAAGAGGUGGAUGCAGUGCUAGCUGCGGCAUACCUACCAAUGGAGCCGAUUGAAGUUCGAUUCGCUCGAUGUGAAGCACUGGCGGCACACGGUUACAUACCUCAGUCGGCUGACUCAAAGAACAGCGCUUUUGAUGAAGAAGUAGAAUGUAUCUCGGAGCAAAUGCAGUCACUCGCGACAAGAGGCCGAUUAGUACCAGUAUCGUGUACCACGGAAGCACAUGCUCAUUAUAUGCAUGAGUUAGCAAAGCGGGUGUUAACGGAGGCAGGAGGAAGUCAAAGCUCCGUUUGUGUACGAGUUGGAGAUCGAGGACGUACAGCACACAUGUUUCGUGGAUUAACUUGCAGGCUUCUGAACUCGGCUGGUCAAUCACGUGAUCCUGCUGUAGUGGAAGAAGCUGCCAGACUGGCACUCUCGGUGUUACCGUACGCCUAUACCCUAAGCGCAGCUGAAACGCAACGUGCUCUCCUACAAUGUCGCGAACAAGGAGGAAGCUGCACUUCUGAAGUGCUUGUCGCGCUAGACAUUGAAGAGGCUGCCAAUCAAGAAAUCGUGUUUGCUGAUGUCUUAUUCCGAGUAGCACGGUACUGGCACGACUUACACUAUGAGCUCGAUCAUCCAACUGUACAUCAACAGCAGCACCAGAAUCAAGCUGGAUCUCAGGCUGUACCAUUUAACUCCAAUAACCAACAUCAACAAUAUUUUAACCUUCCAGGCCCAGCACGAGUAACAGUCUUUCUGUAUCUGUUGGCGAAUGAAAUAGGGCGAUUGCAUCCAGAGCCAGUCAGCGCCUCAGUUGUCUGGUUCACGGCCUGGCGCACAGUUGGGAUCGGAACACGGCCACGUCUCGUGAAUGCCCACCGCGUUGGCAUUUCGUAUAACUUGCCACAAUGGCAGCCAGUGCCAACGAUGAAACCCGGCAGUAUAGCAAAUAUUCCCAACCGCCUUCCACCUUAUCACCAACAGUACUCCAUGCCGCCAAUCAAUCGCUCGGUACCGCCACCACAGCCUAGCCAUUCAAGCAAAGCGUUUGCUCACGUAGCCGGAAGGGCACGAGCGGUAAUGCUCCAAACCUAUGCUCAUCCGUCCACAGCUGAAUUGUACGAACGAUGUAUUGAACAGUUUUACGCAGCUGCUGGUGUGAAACUCAGCCAUAAUCGAUUCAAUAGCAGUGAUAUGGAGGAUGCUCAUCAAUUGCUAGUCGCAGCGAUUGCUGCGUCUGCGUUAUACCCGCACGCACCAACAGCGCACACAUUGUUAGAAGACUUCUAUCGACAUGUGAAAAAGCAAAAAGCGUGGAAAAAAGACGUCCAGCACCGUCUGGGCUCUCUAUUACACGAAGCGCUGAAUCAACAACGGUAA